CUGAGUCAGAGUUGUCUACUGAUAGUGAAAGUGACAGUUAGAGCAGUCAGUGCUGCGGAGAGACGGGGCUGCUGUAUUCUCACACUCAGGCUCACACUCACACUCAGGCUCACACUCAGGUAAAUACUCACACUCAGGCUCACACUCAGGUAAAUACUCACACUCAGGCUCACACUCAGGUAAAUACUCACACUCAGGCUCACACUCAGGUAAAUACUCACACUGAGGCUCACACUCAGGUAAAUACUCACACUCAGGCUCACACUCAGGAGGCAGAGAAGAAGCUUUGUCUGUGAGUGGAGUGGAAGGAAGAAGGAGAGAAGGGGAGACAGUUGAGAAGGAGUCAGUUCAGGAUAUAACAGGAGACCUGUCUCUGUCUCUGCUGGAAUGUCUCAGCCAGUCCUCCUGCUCCUUGUCUGGCUGAUGUCUCUUCACUCAGCUGUAGCGCAGUACGCUGAGAAAGGAGGCUGCUGUGACCAUCUGCAACCCAAGAAAAGGCCGGAACCGGACAUGUUGAAAUUGUAUAAGCAGAAAGUGAAGACUUAUGUUGAAUGCCCUCACAGCAGAGUCCAAUUGAAAUUUCCCAAUAGAAACGUGUGCGCUUCAAAACAUGACGAGUGGGUCCAGGAACUGAUAUGUCACAUAAAAAAAGACAGUACAGACAGUUUCUGUGCCAAAUAUAAGGAUCCUGCAUCAGGUCCGGAUUAUUCCAAGGGCUCUGAGCAAGCUCCACCCACAAUCCCUCCAGCCAGAGCAGAGUCCAUCACAGAAAGCAAUAGCAAGCAGGCACCGGGGGUUGUGGUGACACAACCUGUGUCUAUUGUCACAUCACACAGACCCACAAGUGGUAAAGAAGAGGCGCCAACAGAAUACGCAGCUGUGCCAAGCGAUAAUGAAGCCGCGCCAAGUGAAUACCCAGUGGUAAACCAAGAGGGAGAAGACUCAGAGAGACUUGAAGAUUCCAAAUGGAAGGACAGGAAGGAAGCCGGCAUCACGUCAUCUACGAGAACAGCGAUAAUAUCGUUAGUAUUUAUCAGCCUUUUCCUCAUGGCCCUCGUUGCCUUCCUGAUCUGCAGAACGAGGAAAAGACAAGAAUCCCAUACGGAACUGGAGAAAAUGGGACUGUCCUCCUCUGAGGAGUGACAGCCAAUGACAGGAGACUAACAUCUUAACCCUUUCCUAAUCAUCUGCACUGGCUUUUAGUUGGGACGCAGGCGCAGGAUCUCGCAGAAGGCAGGAGGCAUAUGGAGAAAUACAACAGAAAUGUUGGCAGUGGAGGAGACCGGGAACGUUCCUUAGGGUUCGGUAUCAUUGCACAUAGGAAGAGGCUAAACGCUGGCUGAUGAGGAAGCGACAUCUCUCUGACCUCCGGUUCUUCUGCAGAUCAGUCGUCCAACUCUGCUGUUGCACUGCUGCUUACAAGCAUUUUUAUUAACCAUCUUUUCCCACAAUGCAACACAAAUACUGAGGAGUCAGGCCCCACUGGAGGAAAGUCACACAGGGAUGUGCUUCUCCCCAUGGGAACACUCUAUGGACCCAACUCCAUCUCCACCCCAUGAGGAUACUAUAUGUUCUCAACUUCAUCUCCAACCCAUGGGGAUACUCUAUGGGCUCAACUCCAUGAGGAUAGUCUAUGGACCCAACUUCAUCAGCUCUAGCUUCUAUAUAUGGGAAUACUCUAUGUUCUCAACUCCAUCUCCACCCCAUGGGGAUACUCUAUGGACCCAACUCCAUCAGCUCUAGCUCCUACCCAUGGGGGUCCUCUAUGUUCUCAACUUCAUCAACUCCAUCUCCACCCCAUGGGGAUACUCUAUGGGCUCAACUUCAGCACCACUGCAGGAUUUCAUGCACUGUUUCUAUUGACCUUUGUACUUCAAAAAUUAACAAAUGGUGGGGGGCAAGUGGAAAUAACGGGUACCUUCCUUCCACUAUCCAAUGAUUAAAAUACAAAAACGUUCAUCCGCUUGCCAAAAAAAAGUGAGCAUAUAUCUUAUGAGAUCAAAUUUGACACCAAUUCACACCACAUACCAACGUUUUGCGGUGGUGUGUUACCCAAUUCCACACCCAAGGAAACCCGAAAGGUUGGUACGUGGUUUAAAUUGGUGUAAAAGCCAUGAAAUAAAUUUUGGCAAGUGGAUGAAAGUUUUUUUGUGUUUUAUUCUAUUGACUUUUGGCCAAUAGAAAUAAACAAGGAUUUAUAUAUUUAUUCUUUUUGCCUGCCUUUGUCUGAUCUAUUGGAAAUAUAUAUUUUUAUGUUGUUUAUUGUGCCUGUUCAGAUGCUUGCACUUUGAUAUAUGGAUAUACAGUAUAUAUAUAGUUUUGUCUAACGUAAUAGUAAUUGCAGGGUGAAGCAGGUCCUGUGGUUCUGAUCCCUGAGGUCAGGUAAAUGGAACAUCUCUGCUCAUAGUGAUAUAAAGGAAACGAGGUAUAAAUACGUAGGUCGAGCUGUGAGCUGAGGGACCGUAGCUUUGCUAUUUGGCCAAACACGUGGCUAAUGGACAACAAAGUGGCCCCUGGGAUCUCAGCCAAGUAAAGGCAUAAAGACAUUCACCCAAACGUGGUGAUCAAAGUAUCAACCCCCGUGUGGCCCCUGCAGUUCCAGGUUGAUUCUGGACUAUUUUCCAUUUUGGAUGGUCACAUCUGGGGCCAAAAUAAAUGGAGAUGGAGGUUCCAUUUCCACCCUCCAGGAACCAAUAUCUCGGGGAUGGCGGGUCAAAAUCUCUGCAUUGGUUUGGCGUUACCGCUGCCCUAAAACACAGGCCCAACUGCAGUAGCUGCCUCUCCCACAUGGAAUAAUGAGCUGCUCUGCGAUUGGACGAGACUGUAUUUUGGGGUCCUGGGAUAUGGAGCUUGAGCAUUACUCACUAUGACUUGUAGUCACUAAUAAUACCCCAGUCUCUGUUCCCCUUACUCACUCGCCUCUCUCCAGCCCACGUCCCCUUAUUCUCGUCUCCACUUCCCCUUAUUCUUAUCUUCACUUCCCCAAAACAGAGUCUAAAGAUGGUUCUGCUCCAGCCUCUCAUAUCCCCCUGCCACACGUGAUACCAAGACAAAUCUGUAGGAGACCCAUGUGGCACACAGAAGCGGCAGUUAGGAAGUCUUUCCUCUACUCCCUGCAAUCAUGGGCAAUAUGCAGGUGGAACAAUAUUAGCUUGUCCCAGAAUCUCACACCAAGCAGAGUGGAACAACAAAUAGGUUAAAAAUACUGCCCAUAAGUUUUUGGGGUUCAGUACCAGCCCAAGGCCCCACCAUUUAGCAAUGAACCUCUGAAGAUGCCCCAGUAGCUCCCCAUCUUCUCAUCUGCCAAUUCCCAGCACAUACUCUGUGCUGCUGACAGUUGCAAUACACAAUAUAUAUAUAUAUAUAUAUAUAUAAAAUAAACCAGACAAUACAAGGCUGAUGAUGAAUACAGAAGCCCCUGUGGAGCAGCUGGAAGACGAGAGCUAUUUGCACAAUAACGAGGAUGAAGUGUCAGCCAGCUGCAACUGCCAGCUUGCAUCAUUAACCAAACAGCUGCUUUCAGCCAUGGGAAACUCAACAAGGAAAGAGUAAUGUAAACCAUAUGCUUGCUUUGUGCCUGAAACAUUCUGAUGCUUCUCCCAGUGGAGGAGCCGGCAGCUUUGGUAGUGUAGGGCCCCAGGCCAGGGAACACUGUCCCUUUAAUUUCUAGCAUCACUAGAUUGAAUGAGUACCAAUAUGUCUGCUGCACGUGCCUGUGUCUUUAAGAACCUUCAAUAAAAAUUGGGGAGCACCCCGUUUGCAAAGUG